CUCCAGAGCCCUAGCCUGCCAGUAGCUGUUCCAGGUUCCGGCCCGGCCCAGUAUGACUUCCCUGCUGCCUGUCCACACCUUGCCCUUGACGAUGAUUUUGCUGGCUAUGCUGGCCCCUGGGGCUGCAGAAUUCAACAUCUCAAGCCUGUCUGGUCUACUGUCCCCAGCACUAGCACAGAGCCUGCUAGUUGCUUUGCCCCCUUGUCACCUUACAGGAGGCAAUGCCACGCUGAUGGUCCGGAGAGCCAAUGACAGCAAAGUGGUGAACUCCAGCUUUGUGGUCCCUCCAUGCCGAGGGCGCAGGGAGCUGGUGAGCGUGACGGACAGCGGGGCUGGCUUCACAGUCACUAGGCUGAGUGCGUACCAGGUGACAAACCUCGCGCCCGGAACCAGAUACUACAUUUCCUAUCGAGUGCAGAAGGGGGCAUCCACUGAGUCCAGCCGAGAGAUCCCGAUGUCCACGCUUCCUCGAAGGAAUAUGGAGUCUAUUGGGCUGGGAAUGGCCCGAACAGGGGGCAUGGUGGUCAUCACAGUGCUGCUGUCCGUCAGCAUGUUUGUGCUGGUCGUGGGCCUCAUCGUCACCCUGAUACUGGGUGCCCAGAAGUGAGGAAGGCUGUCCUGCACUGUGGGCUUCUCCAGGACUGUCCAUGUCCCCAGCAAGCCUCCCUCCAGGACUUGGCUACCACCUCUGGUU